UAUAUAUAUAGCGCUCACAUAAAUCGUGCUCUGCACAUUCGUCCCCCCGACGUUGGUUUCGCAUGCGAACGUAUCCUGCUCAGUGUUUACUCCGGUACUCAGCGAAAGAUGGGUGAGCCUUCAGGAUUGACCAAUAGUGAGGCCCGUGAGCUUUGCAAAACAUCAGAUCCUGCGACAAAUGGAUAUAUUAUGCAGCAGACGAUGUAUCGCAUCAAGGAUCCAAGGAAAUCUUUACCUUUUUACACUGAAGUACUUGGUAUGACUUUACUGCAAAAAUUUGACUUCCCGGAAAUGAAGUUCUCCCUGUAUUUUCUUGGAUAUGAGAAUCCUGAAGACAUAUCGACCGACAAGAGGAAAAAUAUUGAAUGGGUAUUUGGCAGAAGAGGAACUAUAGAGCUUACUCACAAUUGGGGAACAGAAACAGAUCCAGAUGCAAAAUAUCACAAUGGAAACUCGGAUCCUAGAGGAUUUGGUCACAUUGGAAUAACAGUACCUGACGUCGAGAAAGCUUGCGAGAGGUUCGAGAAGUUUAACGUGGAAUUUGUGAAGAAACCAGACGACGGUAAGAUGAAGGGGAUUGCCUUUAUUAAAGAUCCCGAUGGUUACUGGAUCGAAAUCGUAAACGGCGCCAAUAUUGCGAAUAUAGUGUUAGGACAUUAAUAUGUCUUGCACUAGAGCAAUAAGUGUUUAAGUGCAACCAAUUGCAUUGAACGCGACGUAACUUGACAUAAUUUUAUGUAACAAUCAAGAAGAUUACUACCAAAUUCAGUACACAAACGCAAACCAAAACCGCUGUGUAAGUUAACAAUGAUGAAACGAUAUGUAUUUAUGUAUUCUAUAUUUUCUAGCGAUUGUACAUUUUCUUAUAUUACAUUGUGUUAUAUAUGUACAGAAUAUGUAACAUCUACAUAAUUCUCUCAACGAAUAAAAUCAAAAUAUUUAUUUUUUGCA